AUGCGCCUGUCCUCUGUCUUUACGACAGUCGCCGCGGCUACUCCCUUUGUAGCUGCUCAUCCAGGGGAUGACCACUCCAAGGACGUUCUGCAACGCCGAGACUUCGUCUCCAAGGUGGAACGGACGGACCUGGCCCAUUGUGCGGAAACCUUCAAAGCGCGUGGUAUUGAGAAGCGGGCCAUUGAACGUCGAAAGAACAUCAUGAAGCAAAGAUCCAGUAGCCGCCGCGUGGUUCGUGCUCCUGAGGACUUGAACAAAUCUCAUUAUUCAUCCUACAAGUACGAUUUGGAGACCCCCUUGGAUGUCAUCUUUGGCAAUGGCACAUCUUGCCUCCUCAGCCCCGAAGCGACCGAGGGGCCUUACUACGUUGCUGGCGAGUAUGUCCGCUUAGAUAUUACCGAUGACGAGCCUGGUGUGCUUUUGAUCCUGGACUUGGACGUCUUUGACGUCGAUACCUGCGAGCCCAUCACCGAUACUUUUGUUGAGGUUUGGAGUUGCAAUUCAACUGGAGUCUACUCUGGUGUGUCUAGUGGUGGCGACUACACCUCCGCACCCGAGAACCUCAAGACCACUUUCCUCCGAGGCUUUCAAAAGACUGACGAAAUUGGCGCCGUGCGUUUUGAUGGAAUCUAUCCGGGCCACUAUAGCGGGCGGACUCAGCACAUUCAUCUUAUGGUUCACCCCAACGCAACUGAGCGGUCCAACCACACCAUCGCUGACACCACUGCGAGCCAUGUCGGCCAGGUGUUCUUUGACCAGGAUCUAACUGACGCUGUCGAGCUGGUGGCUCCUUACAGCACCAACACCCAGUCUGUAACCGUCAACUCACAGGAUGGUAUCCUUAACGAGAUUCUGCGCACCAGUGACCCCAUUGUCCAAUAUGUCUUCCUCGGUGACCAGAUUCAGGAUGGCAUACUCGCCUGGAUCAGCUUUGGUAUCAACUCUACAUACGCGCGUACUGUUAGUGCCGCAGCUACAUACUACGAGGGCGGUGGACAGGAUAAUGGCGGCGGCGGCGGCGGUCCUGGCGGUCCUGGUGGUCCCGGAGGUCCUCCUCCUGGAAGUGAUUUUCCCUUCCCAACAGGCACUGACUUGCCAACCGACCUCCCCACCGCCACACCUAUCGAAACUCCUACCUCAUCCGACUGA